AUGGCUGAAAAUGGCCUCCAGUUACGCAGCCGGAACCCCUCCACCCACCCCAAACCCUCAAGGGGUGGCUGGAACGCUGCCAUUUUCAUCAUCUUUGUGGAGGUAGCAGAGCGAUUUGCAUUUUAUGGCUUGGCUGGAAAUCUCAUCAUGUACCUCACAAAUGAACUCCACCAACCUACAGCCAUGGCUGCCAAGAACGUCAACUUGUGGAUGGGUGUGUCGUCUCUUUUCCCUCUGGUUGGGGCCGUGCUAGCCGAUUCCUACCUCGGUCGCUUCAAGACCAUCAUUUUCUCCUCCUCUAUUUAUUUCAUGGGAAUGGUUCUGCUAUGCUUAUCUGUCUCCGUUGUCCCUCUGCAUUAUCGCGAAGCCAUUUUCUUCGUCUCACUUUACAUUUUAGCCGUCGGCGAAGGUGGGCACAAGCCUUGUGUCCAAACCUUUGCCGCCGAUCAGUUUGACGAGGACUCGGAGGAGGAGAGAAAGGCCAAGAGCUCAUUCUUCAACUGGUGGUAUUUAGCUAUAGUAAUUGCUGGCACUGUUGCCUCACUUGUGGUCAUCUACAUUCAGGACAACGUGAGCUGGGUUAUAGGCUACGGUGUAUUGGCCGGGGUCAUAGCAGCCGGGAUCAUAUUAUUUUUGCUAGGAAUCAAAAGUUACCGGAAACAAGGUCCCCUCGGGAGCCCGUUCACCGCGGUGGCGCAAGUGUUUGCCGCAGCGGCACGGAAGUGGCGUGUGAAGGAGACGCAUGAUUGGGAUGUGUAUUAUGGAGAUGAGAGGAGUGAGACUCAUAUGGAGGCUCAGCCCAAGCAAAAGACUUUGGCUAGGACCAAACAAUUCAGGUUUCUGGAUAAGGCAAUGAUCAUUGACAACCUUGAUGCAUCGAGCACAACGAGGAACCCUUGGAGACUAUGCUCUAUAAAUCAAGUGGAAGAAGUGAAGUUGGUCCUCCGUCUUAUUCCGAUAUGGUUGAGUUGCUUAAUGUUCAAUGUAGUUCAAUCUCAACUCCACACCUACUACACCAAGCAAGGUUCCAAGAUGGACAGAUCCAUGGGACCCCAUUUCCAGCUUCCCCCAGCGUCGCUUAAAGUCUUCGUCGGCAUCACGAUCCUUAUCACCGUCCCAAUCUACGACCGGAUUUUCGUCCCAAUGGCCCGAAAGCUCUUCGGACACCCCGCAGGCAUAACCGUGCUACAAAGAAUUGGCGUUGGCCUAUUUCUCUCCAUCCUCAACGUGGUUGCGGCAGCUCUAGUGGAGGCCAAAAGGGUUAGUGUGGCUAAACAGCAUGAUCUCAUGGACAACCCUAAAGCAAUCAUACCAAUUAGGGUUUGGUGGCUCCUCCCACAAUACCUAAUUUGUGGUUUGUCAGAUACAUUCGCAGUUGUGGGGCUCCAAGAAUUGUUCUAUGAUCAAAUGCCAGAGGGGCUGAGAAGUUUGGGGGCGGCAGCAUAUAUUAGUAUUCUAGGAGUUGGAAGCUUCCUUAGCAGUGCCAUUAUAUCUUUGGUGCAGGCGAUUAGCUCCAAGUCGGGGGAGGAAUGGUUGGGAGACAAUCUUAACCGAGCACACCUUGAUUACUUCUAUUGGGUACUUGCAGGAUUGAGUGCUUUGAAUUUGUGUGUUUAUGUGUGGACUGCGAAGGGUUUUGUGUACAAAAAAGUUGAAGCCCAAAAACCAACUGGGGCAAAAAAAGCAGGCACUAGGGCUGGAGAAGUAUGA